AUGACGCAGACAGACCCACAUCAGGAGCAGCAACCAGAGUGCCUCUACCUGGAAUUAUCCUCCCAAAACGAGCAGCCCUCUGUUCCCCUACACACUUCCAUCUCGCUCUUCCUCCUGUCCUACUGCCAGUGCACAUCAUUCAAAGUCUUCCUUGUCUCUGCCAAGCCUGACACUCACAGCUCACAAUCCUGGAAGUCACAGGUUUGUCAUUGUCUACAACGCAAAGCAUAUUGACAGUCAUGACAGGCAAAGGUGUUGGGGAAAACUUUACUGAGUAUGUUUCAGUCAACAACAGUACACACUAUAGUGAAGGUGAAUACAUGUCAACAUAAAUAUGUGUAACAACAAUUUUGCUUUGACAGGUACCAGAGUCUUUAGCUGUCUCGAUGGUCCAUGUCGAGGACUUGCCUGUGUUGGUGAGGGGCUGCCGUCUCCCCGCGGUACUGGAUGAGACUGGGAGGUACUGCAGGGCCGGGCUGGCUGUGGUGCUCAGGCAUAUUAUAGAUAGGACCUGUGAGGCAGACCCCAGUAGGAAGGAUGCAGCAUCACUUCUAGGGUUCAAGAAGACCUGUCUGAAGGCCUGCGCUGAGGUAAGGGGCAACACUAAAUUAUUAUCAUAUGCAUGCAGUGCCAUUAGCAAAACUAUGAAUGAUUCUGUUUUAGUGUAUAUAUGACAGGAGUGUUUUUGUUUAUUUUUUAUUUAUUUUUGGUAUAGUUAUAUUCUCACACUUCCAUAGGAGCUUUCCCAUUGGAAAACCAAGUGAAUCUUAUAUUCUCCCAAAGUGAUUUUUUAUGAGCUAGUGAAUAAGAUGGGAUAAAUUUGUCCGCUAGUUGUCUUGGACACACAGUACUGCUGUAUAAAAAUAAAACUCUACACCAUUGACAAAAAUAUUAGUCAUAAUGAAUGCCUGUUCCUCCUCUCCCUUAUAGGUGAGCCAGUGGACCAGGCUGUGUGAGCUCAGUAUCCCCUCGGCAGUGGAGGCCCACCUCCGGCAGCCCACCAACCCAUCCCUGCACCUCCCCUCUGCCCUCCUCAACCUCGAAAAGACACUAGGCGAGCCCGUCAAGGUGCACAACGACGACAAGAUCCGCCGGCAGAAGCUCCAGCAGCAGAAGAAAAAGAACCAGAAGAAAACCUCUCAGGACCUCCAGGAGGACCAAGGGACAGACGUCACCCAGCCCCAGGAUUCGCAGUCCGCCGACGGGCUAGAACUCCGAGCAGCCCUGGCCAAGCUGUCCGUGCAUAGUGGUGCAGUUCCGUCCACGACCACUAGGGAGAGCUCUGACAUCAGGAAAGUGAAGACCACAGAUCUGCCGCCGCUGGAGCAUGUGUUUGCUGAGGGGCUGUACUUCACUCUGACUGAUGUGGUGUUGCUGCCGUGUAUCCAUCAAUACCUGGUAAGGAAGGCCCUUGGAGAUUAUCUGUUAGUUAUACACUACCAGUCAAAAGUUUGGACACACCUACUCAUUCAAGGAUUUUGCUUUAUUUAAAAAAAAAAUUACAUUGUAGAAUAAUAGUGAAGACAUCACAACUAUGAAAUAACAUAUAUGGAAUCAUGUAGUAACCAAAUAAGUGUUAAACAAGUCAAAAUAUAUUUUAUAUUUGAGAUUUUUCAAAAAGCCACCCGUUGCCUUGAUGAGAGCUUUGCACACUCUUGGCAUUCUCUCAACCAGCUUCAUGAGGUAGUCACCUGGAAUGCAUUUCAAUUAACAGGUGUGCUUUCUUAAAAGUGAAUUUGUGGAAUUUCUUUCCUUCUUAAUGCGUUUGAGACAAUCAGUUGUGUUGUGCCAAGGUAGGGGGGAUACAGAAAAUAGCCCUAUUUGGUAAAAGACCAAGUCCAUAUUAUGGCAAGAACAGCUCAAAUAAGCAAAGAGAAAUGACAGUCCAUCAUUACUUUAAGACAUGAAGGUCAGUCAAUACAGAACAUUUCAAUAAAUUCGCAAAAACCAUCAAGCACUAUGAUGAAACUGGCUCUCAUGAUGACCACCACAGGAAUGGAAGACCCAGAGUUACCUCUGCUGCUGAGGAUAAGUUAAUUAGUUACCAGCCUCAGAAAUUGCAGCCCAAAUAAAUGCUUCACGGAGUUCAAGUCACAGACACAUCUCAACAUCAACUGUUCAUAGGGGACUAUGUGAAUCAGGCCUUCAUGGUCGAAUUGCUGCAAAGAAACCACUAGUAAAGGACACCAAUAAGAAGAGACCUGCUUGGGCCAAGAAACACGAGCAAUGGACAUUAGACCGGUGGAAAUGUGUCCUUUGGUCUUGGAGUUUUUUGGUUCAAACCGCUGUGUCUUUGUGAAACACGGUGUGGGUGAACGGAUGAUCUCCGCAUGUGUAGUUCCCACCAUAAACCAUGGAGGAGGAGGUGUUAUGGUGUGGGGGUGCUUUGCUGGUGACACAGUCAGUGAUUUAUUUAGAAAUCAAGGCACACUUAACCAGCAUGGCUACCACAGCAUUCUACAGCGAUACGCCAUCCCAUCUGGUUUGGGCUUAGUGGGACUAUCAUUUGUUUUUCAACAAGACAAUGACCCAAAACACACCUCCAGGCUGUGUAAGAGCUAUUUGACCAAGAAGGAGAGGGAUGGAGUGCAGCAUCAGAUUACCUAGCCUCCACAAUCCCCCAACCUUAACACAAUUGAGAUGGUUUGGGAUGAGUCGGACGGCAGAGUGAAGGAAAAGCAGCCAACAAGUACAUAUGUGGGAACUCCUUCAAGACUGUUGGAAAAGCAUUCCAGGUGAACCUGGUUGAGAGAAUGCCAAGAGUGUGCAAAGCUGUCAUAGGGUGGCUAUUUGAAGAAUCUCAAAUAUAGAAUAUAUUUUGAUUUGUUUAACACUUUUUUGGUUACUACAUGAUUCCAUAUGUGUUAUUUCAUAUUUUGAUGUCUUCACUAUUAUUCUACAUUUUACAUUUACAUUUUAGUCAUUUAGCAGACGCUCUUAUCCAGAGCGACUUACAGGAGCAAUUAGGGUUAAGUGCCUUGCUCAAGGGCACAUUAACGUCAUUUAGCAGACGCUCUUAGCCAGAGCGACUCACAAAUUGGUGCGUUCACCCUAUAGCCAGUGGGAUAACCACUUUACAAUUGGGGGGGGGGGGGGGGGGGGGGUAGAAGGAUUCCUUUAUCCUAUCCCAGGUAUUCCUUAAAGAGGUGGGGUUUCAAAUGUCUCCGGAAGGUGGUGAGUGACUCCGCUGUCCUGGCGUCGUGAGGGAGCUUGUUCCACCAUUGGGGUGCCAGAGCAGCGAACAGUUUUGACUGGGCUGAGCGGGAACUAUGCUUCCGCAGAGGAAGGGGAGCCAGCAGGCCAGAGGUGGAUGAGCGCAAUACUCUCGUUUGGGUGUAGGGACUGAUCAGAGCCUGAAGGUACAGAGGUGCCGUUCCCCUCACUGCUCCAUAGGCAAGCACCAUGGUCUUGUAGCGGAUGCGAGCUUCAACUGGAAGCCAGUGGAGUGUGCGGAGGAGGGGGGUGACGUGAGAGAACUUGGGAAGGUUGAACACCAGACGGGCUGCGGCAUUCUGGAUGAGUUGUAGGGGUUUAAUGGCACAGGCAGGGAGGCCAGCCAACAGCGAGUUGCAGUAGUCCAGACGGGAGAUGACAAGCGCCUGGACCAGGACCUGUGCCGCUUCCUGUGUAAGGCAGGGUCGUACUCUCCGAAUGUUGUAGAGCAUGAACCUGCAGGAACGGGUCACCGCCUUGAUGUUGGCGGAGAACGACAGGGUGUUGUCCAGGGUCACGCCUAGGCUCUUCGCACUCUGGGAGGAGGACACAGCGGAGUUGUCAACCGUGAUGGCGAGAUCAUGGAACGGGCAGUCCUUCCCCGGGAGGAGGAGCAGCUCCGUCUUGCCAGGGUUCAGCUUGAGGUGGUGAUCCGUCAUCCAUACUGAUAUGUCUGCCAGACAUGCAGAGAUGCGAUUCGCCACCUGGUUAUCAGAAGGGGGAAAGGAGAAGAUUAGUUGUGUAUCGUCAGCGUAGCAAUGAUAGGAGAGACCAUGUGAGGAUAUGACAGAGCCAUGUGACUUGGUGUAUAGGGAGAAAAGGAGAGGGCCUAGAACUGAGCCUUGGGGGACACCAGUGGUGAGAGCACGUGGUGCGGAGACAGCUUCUCGCCACGCCACUUGGUAGGAGCGACCGGUCAGGUAGGACGCAAUCCAGGAGUGAGCCGCGCCGGAGAUGCCCAGCUCGGAGAGGGUGGAGAGGAGGAUCUGAUGGUUCACAGUAUCAAAGGCAGCAGACAGGUCUAGAAGGACAAGAGCAGAGGAGAGAGAGUUAGCUUUAGCAGUGCGGAGAGUUUCCGUGACACAGAGAAGAGCAGUCUCAGUUGAAUGACCAGUCCUGAAACCUGAUUGGUUUGGAUCAAGAAGGUCAUUCUGAGAGAGAUAGCAAGAGAGUUGGCUAAAGACGGCACGCUCAAUAGUUUUUGGAAAGAAAAGAAAGAAGGGAUACUGGUCUAUAGUUGUUGACAUCAGUGGGGUCGAGUGUUGGUUUUUUGAGAAGGGGAGCAACUCUCGCUCUCUUGAAGACGGAAGGGACAUGGCCAGCGGUCAAGGAUGAGUUGAUCAGCGAGGUGAGGUAGGGGAGAAGGUCACCGGAGAUGGUCUGGAGAAGGGAGGAGGGGAUGGGGUCAAGCGGGCAGGUUGUUGGGCGGCCUGCAGUCACAAGUCGCAGGAUUUUAUCUGGAGAGAGAGGGGAGAAAGAAGUCAAAGCAUAGGGUAGGGCAGUGUGAGCAGGACCAGCAGUGUCAUUAGACUUAACAAACGAGGAUCGGAUGUCGUCAACCUUCUUUUCAAAGUGGUUGACGAAGUCAUCCACAGAGAGGGGGGGGGGGGGGGGGGGGGGGAUUCAGGAGGGAGGAAAAUGUGGCAAAGAGCUUCCUAGGGUUAGAGGCAGAUGCUUGGAAUUUAGAGUGGUAGAAGGUGGCUUUAGCAGCAGAAACAGAUGAAGAAAAUGUAGAGAGGAGGGAGUGAAAAGAUGCCAGGUCGGCAGGGAGUUUAGUUUUCUUCCAUUUCCGCUCCGCUGCGCGGAGCUCUGUUCUGUGAGCUCGCAAUGAGUCAUCAAGCCACGGAGCUGGAGGGGAGGACCGAGCCGGCCGGGAGGAUAGGGGACACAGAGAGUCAAAGGAUGCAGAAAGGGAGGAGAGGAGGGUUGAGGAGGCAGAAUCAGGAGAUUGGAGGGAGAAGGAUUGAGCAGAGGGAAGAGAUGAUAGGAUGGAAGAGGAGAGAGUAGUGGGAGAGAGAGAGCGAAGGUUGCGGCGGCGCAUUACCAUCUGUGUAGGGGCAGAGUGAGUAGUGUGGGAGGAGAGCGAGAGAGAAAAGGAAACAAAGUAGUGGUCGGAGACAUGGAGGGGAGUUGCAGUGAGAUUAGUAGAGGAGCAGCAUCUAGUGAAGAUGAGGUCAAGCGUAUUGCCUGCCUUGUGAGUAGGGGGGGACGGUGAGAGGGUGAGGUCAAAAGAGGAGAGGAGUGGAAAGAAGGAGGCAGAGAGAAAUGAGUCAAAUGUGGACAUAGGGAGGUUGAAAUCCCCCAAAACUGUGAGGGGUGAGCCAUCCUCAGGGAAGGAACUUAUCAAGGCAUCAAGCUCAUUGAUGAACUCUCCAAGGGAACCUGGAGGGCGAUAGAUGACAAGGAUAUUAAGCUUAAAUGGGCUAGUGACUGUGACAGCAUGGAAUUCAAAUGAGGAGAUAGACAGAUGGGUUAGGGGAAAAAUUGAGAAUGUCCACUUGGGAGAAAUGAGGAUUCCUGUACCACCACCCCUCUGACCAGAUGCUCUCGGGGUAUGCGAGAACACAUGGUCAGACGAGGAGAGAGCAAUAGGAGUAGCAGUGUUUUCAGUGGUGAUCCAUGUUUCCGUCAGCGCCAGGAAGUCGAGGGACUGGAGGUUGGCAUAGGCUGGGAUGAAGUCAGCUUUGUUGGCAGCAGAACGGCAGUUCCAGAGGCUGCCUGCGACCUGGAACUCCACGUGGGUGGUGCGUGCAGGGACCACCAGGUUAGAGAGGCAGCAGCCACGCGGUGUGGUGCGUUUGUGUAGCCUGUGCAGAGAGGAGAGAACAGGGAUAGGCAGAGGCAUAGUUGACAGGCUGUAGCAAAUGGCUACAAAAAUGCAGAGGAGAUCGGAAUGAAAUGAGAAAAUGUAGAAAAUAGUACAAAUAAAGAAAAACCCUUGAAUGAGUAGGUGUGUCCGAACCUUUGACUGGUACUGUAUAUUUGAAGGGAAGUUAUAGUCCUAGAUCAGUUUGUGCUGUCUUUCCAACUCCAUUGCUGUCACUGGCAAGACAGCACAAACAGAUCUGGGACUCAGGCUACAGAAUUCUUGCUUUAGGCUACAGAAUUCUUGCAUUAUGCACUUGAUUUAUAUUCCAUGGACCGAGCCUCCUUUCUGCUGGUCGCUAAAUAAAUUAUGUAAACUACCAGCACUUCUCUUGCAAUUGUGUUUCUGCAAUCUUUCUGCAACUUCCAUUUCCCAGGCCUGUCUAGUCUCCAUGCUAGUUUUAGACAAGUGGUAGCUCUGAGUGUGUGGCACAUUUUAUUUUAACAGUAGCAUAUUACCCUAUUGUCCCGUCAUCACCUGCUGCCUCAGUUGGGUAUUUACACCUGUUGCCGUGGCAACCACAUUAUGAAGGCCUCUGAAAUGAUGCAUGACGCCCUGCUACAUUGAAUGUCUCGUCAGGUGGUACCUGUACACCCAGAGAGGCUUUAUACAGUGGAAACCAGGCAGAACAGUGCCUUCCUAAGACUGUCUCUUGGCACUGUGUGUGUGUUUGGCACAGUCUCCAUUUUCAAAGGUGGUCCACCUGGCUAUGGGUGAUAACACCACAAUGACAAAUGGGUCCAUUUUAAAUGUAGUUGGUUGAAAUGCAUUUCAAUGAACCUGCUUUGGGAUCAUGUGUGGUUCGACGUGCUGAUUUUGAAAUAAUGUAAUUGUCACUGAGACAGAUCGGAAAUUAGGCUGUGAGAAAUUAGGCUGCGAGAGUGGUGUUGAAAGGAUGAGAUUUGCUGCCGAUCACUUAUUGUAGUUUAUCAUCAAGUUAGUUUGUAAAAGAAAGUUAUUUUCAUUUGGAAAGUAGAUGCAGCUUCAUAUCUGCACCAGUGAUUUAUAACCCAUCUGCCCUCGCUGAAUUCUCCUGGGAACUAUUUACUUAUCGAUUUCUCAUAUUUAGUUUAGUGUUGUUUUGGUGGUUUGGGGGUUUAUGAGGUGUUAGUUAUCGAUCUAUUAUGCCUCGGAGCCAAGCGGUCGACAGGGUCUCUCUCCUCUUCUCUUCCCUCUCUCCUCCUGUUCUCAUAGCUGUAGCCUGGGAUUGGAAUGAAGUGAAGUUCUCACAAUGAGGCUCUUAGGGGUCAGCUGAGCUCCAGUGGUUUCCAGUUUCACACUCAGCCUAGCAUGUCUCCUCUCCUCUGCCACACCGCCACCGCUGUCUAUCCACAGAUCCACAGGACAGAGAGCCAGAGAAAAGACCCUUGGCUUUAUCUACUGUCACCUCUUUCUCUUUCUACGCUCUGUCUGUUUCUCUCUCUCUCUCUCUCUCGGAAACACAUACACACACGUUAUGUUCUUCUAUCCUCGUGGGAACCUAAAAUUAAUUUCCAUUCAAAAUCCUAUUUUCCCUAAACCUAACCCUUACCAUAACACUAACCCCUAACCACUAGCCCCUUACCAUAAUUCUAACCCUAACCUUAAUUGUAACCCUAAACCCUAAGAUUAAAAUAGCCCUUGUCCUCAUGGGCACGUGGGAAAUGUCCCCAAGAGGAACUUUUGGGGAUUUUAGGUCCCCACAAGGAUAAAAUAACUAACCCCCCCCCCCCCCACACACACACACACACACACCCCUAUACAGCUGUCCAUCUCUCUCUCUCUCUCGCUCUCUCUCCCCCUCCCCCAACCUGGCCUUUCUCAGUGCCUGUCUUUCUAUCUCCCUCCCUCUCCCUCCAUCUCCAGAGAGGUGAUGAGUGGAGGGGAUCAGCCUGGUGGAACCUGGGCUCUUGGUUCAGUGGAGAUGACACUUCUGAUGAAUCACUUAACUGACUCAGGCCCCUGUCUUCCCUUCCUCCUCCUCCUCCUAUACCACAGAGCUCCCUCCAGAGCCACAACGCCAGCGCGCUGUCCCAGCUGCCUCUCCUGCUGCGCUGGUACCUCCAGGUCCAGGAAGUCCCCGGGGUCCCCAGGGCAGCCCAGGCCUGUGGGAUGGCCCUCUCCACCCCCAAGGCCCCCACCACCGGCCCCCCAACCACAUCUGAGGCGCAACAGCCCAGCCAAGCGAAUCAGGAAAGCCUGGGGACGAUCAAGGAGGUGCACUUCGUUGGAGGCCCCAGGCCCACAAUGACUAAACUCAAAGUAAUUGAAUAUUUUUGA